CUACAUUUAAAGAGUUUCAAGUCUAAUUUACCAUGGCCGAGAAUCACGACACAGAUCAGCAGCAGGCUGUUGCUCGUCGAGAUGCUGCGAAUCGCGUACAACAAGACAUCCGGCUGAGCCUCGGGCAGACUCAAAGCCUUCCCGAGAUGCUCAUGUCCGCUCCGUUGGCUAUCAAUCUUCUGGGUCAGAUCAAACUGCUCGCUUUUUCGGAUCACGCAUUACGUAUUCAGCGUUUGCAGCCACCCAGGAGCGGAUUCAAAUAUCUUGAGUACGACAGCCUGUCAAGUGCGAUGAUACAGAUCGUCGAUCAAUCCUCGGAUGCGUUCAGUUGCGCCAGUAAGAAUAUGCGUGCUAUCAGGCUGCAAUCUGGUGUCAUGUUUGGAAGAAACAGCCAUGUACAAGAUAUUCUCAAAUGCCUGCAAGACCCACGUGUCGCCCAACUUCGUCUGAAAGACUCAAUGGAUAAAUUCCGAAAUGAGAUGAAGAAGUGUGCUAUUUGGGCACAAGAAAUCGAAGUCGAGUUUGAGAACCUCAUCGGCUGCGCGAAAGAAACAAAUACAGCUAUGGCGCAUGAAAUGAAACUCACGCAAGAGGAGGAGGAACAGACUCAGAGAGACGCUUGGAAGAUAGAAGUACAAGAGAAAACACAACAACUUGCACUAGACUUUGCCAGAAGCCAGCUUGGGGAUGCGAAGGAAGAGUUUGAGAAGAGCAGGACCGCAUACCAAAAGCAAGCUGACAAAGGAGAUUGGUCUGCUUUGGGCCUCGGUAUUGUUUCAGAUGUUACAAGUGGCGCGACAGGCCUGGUUCAUGCUGUCGUUGGAGUUGUAAGGGAUGCACCAAAGGUUGCCAUCGAAACUGUGCGGGCAGUCAGCGGACGUGCAAAGGGAAAAGAACAAAAUGAACCCCAGGAACAACAACCAGCUCCGCUCGGCAUCGACCCUGCCUUGCUCGCAUCGGAGCAGAUUGAGAACAGGCUCAAUCAGUUCCGAGAUAUGUUAAACGAAGAUCAGGCUAUUUUCCUCCGGAAUGGUGCUUCAGAUAUUCUCGACUUAUCCCACCGGCUGCAAAGUAUGAAGAAUGGUCUCGGGGGUUUCUCAAGCAAGUAUACUGUGGACGCUAGGAGUAUUUUGGAAGACGCCAUUUCCGUUGCUCAAUCAAUAUCGAAAGCCGCAGAAACAACACAGUCGGCAGGUGGAUCAAACCUUUCCUCCGAAGAAGUAUCCCGUUGGCAACAGACUCUAGAUAAUUGCAUUGGUAUCGCUGCUCGAAUCAGAGCUUUUGCAUCAUCUAGGCCAGGCCAUGGCUUUGGUAGUACACUGGACUCAGGUCUUGCAUCUAUCAAACCGCACGACUCAGGGUAUAUCAAGGUUCUCAAAGCUCGGCAAGAGAAACUCUUCAUCCAGCGAGCGAACGUGAACGACGCUCGGGAGCACCUGCGAAGGACAAACGAGAAGCAACUUGCUGCUCAAGCAAAAAUCAUUGCACUUGCUAAAUCCAUGAAAGACCUGCAGCACAAGCAAACAACUCUCGAAGAGACUAAAGCUAUUCUACGCAAGUCUAUUGACGCCAUGUGCGCCAUGCAAGAGCAGGUCCGCAAUCUCGCCGGGUUCUUCAACGCUUUGGCCGAGAUCAUCACCAUUGUCGGAAUGGGCCACGCCGAACGAUACCUGAACACCAUCGAAGACGGUGUUGCGGAGGGCUCCAACAGCUUUGCUCUCAUGUACAACGAGUGGCAAGUGAAAGAGAUUCGUGAGACCAUGAUCACACUGCGAGGACAUUUUGCAUUUGUUGUCAAGUCCGCAGAUCUGUACCAGGAGGUUGCAGCAGCGCACAUAAAUCCAUGCUUGCGCAUGGCAGCCAAUUUGAGAAUCAGUGCGACAGAAGCAGAACAGAAUGUGGCGAAAGAGAAGCUGGAAAGGGCAGCUAUUGAGAGCUCUGAGAUGAUUCAAAGCAUUGCCGAGGAGCAAAUGGAGGUAUAUCGCAAAGAACUUUCUCAACGUGUCGAGGAGAUCGAGCAUGAAUUGAACGAGCUGGAUCUACCGCCACUUAACGACCAGGCUGAGUUUGUUGCAAGAAUCGAGGAGGGAGUCCAAGAAGCCAGCGACGAGACUGCCCGAGAGAUUGCUCAUCGAGGCGAGCUUUAUGAUGAGAUUACAGACGAGAUCUAGAAAUUUACCUCUUUCUGUUGAGCGAAAAUUUAUUGGAGGUGCUCGAAACUAAUGGGUUUAC